UGCUGGAUUCUUCCUGCCGAGGAGGAGGGAAGGCCUGGAGGGAAUCGGUUCCCACCCACAGCUCCGGCCGGGUGACUCUCCACCGCGGGCCCUGCUCUGCCACCUGACCUCUGAGCCACCUGCAAGUCAUCAGGCUGUAAAUCUCUCCCAUGACAAUGUCUUCCGCUAAGAUUGAGUGUGUUUUGCGGGAGAACUGGCGCUGCGGUGAGUCUCCAGUCUGGGAGGAGGCAUCCAACUCUCUGCUCUUCGUAGAUAUUCCUGCAAAAAAGGUUUGCCGGUGGGAUUCGCUCAGCAAGGAAGUGCAGCAAGUGACCGUGGAUGCCCCAGUCAGCUCUGUGGCCCUUCGCCACUCAGGAGGCUAUGUCGCCACAGUUGGAACAAAGUUCUGUGCUUUGAACUGGGAAGAUCAAUCAGCAGUUGUCUUGGCCACAGUAGAUAAAGACAAGAAAAACAAUCGAUUCAAUGACGGGAAGGUGGAUCCCGCUGGGAGAUACUUUGCCGGUACCAUGGCUGAGGAAACAGCUCCAGCAGUUCUGGAGCGGCACCAAGGGUCCCUGUACUCCCUCUUUCCUGACCACCAUGUGGAAAAGUACUUUGACCAGGUGGACAUCUCCAAUGGUUUGGAUUGGUCUCUGGACCACAAAAUCUUCUAUUACAUCGAUAGCCUGUCCUACUCGGUGGAUGCUUUUGACUAUGACCUGCAAACAGGGAAGAUCUCCAACCGCAGAAGUGUUUACAAGCUGGAGAAAGAAGAACAAAUCCCUGAUGGAAUGUGUAUUGAUGUUGAGGGGAAGCUCUGGGUGGCCUGUUACAAUGGAGGAAGAGUGAUCCGUUUGGAUCCUGAGACAGGGAAAAGACUCCGAACUGUGAAGUUGCCUGUUGUUAAAACAACCUCAUGCUGCUUCGGAGGGAAGGAUUACUCUGAAAUGUAUGUGACCAGUGCCCGGGAUGGGAUGGACCCCGAGGGUCUACUGCAGCAACCUGAAGCUGGUGGAAUUUUCAAGAUAACUGGCCUGGGGGUCAAAGGAAUUCCUCCCUAUCCCUAUGCAGGAUGAGUGACAGGCCUUCCUUCAUAGUGGAAGAGACUUAGAAGACAACUAGAAAAUUCUGGUGCUGAAAUUUCAGUCUAGUUACAAAAAAAAAUGAAGCAAUGAUAUUAAUAGGAUUAAAUUUUUAAUUACAAUUUUUAAAACAUAGAGCAUUUUUAACAAGGGGUGACAGGUGGUUUUGAUAACAUACUAUAAGGCCUUCUGCAAAAGUGCUAUAGAAAUAUAGAGGUGUUCAACCGUCAACCAGCCUCUUGAUUCUUUGCAAAUUGCUGGUGGAAUCGGGGAAGGGGGAAGGAACCAUAUUUGUUCUUUACUCUGCAUUCGAUACU